GCCCCGUUCUGUUUGCUUUCAUGGCUUCCGCAGAGGCAAACGAAACCCAGAAACUGAGAAAGUUGGUCCCCUCUUGGUCAAGGAAGGGCGCUCGUCUUCAAGCUCCGUGGUGGGUGCAUCGUCAGGGAGCAAGUUUCCAGCUUGUGCCCAGCUUUAUGUCCUUCUCCCUGCAUCCAAACUCCUCAUCUUGGCUUGCAUUCAUUCGCUGCCUGCACAGCUCCUCUGUUCAGUUUCCGUUCUUGCUUUUAUCAGCUCCUCUCACCUGCCGCUAUGGCGUUCCGCUUUGCAAUAUCCUCUUACUUUGCCCCCACCGGCCACCGUCCUUUGGCCUUCCAUCGGCGCAGUCCGCUUUCUUGUUUCCGAAUGCACGUUGUCUUUUGUCUUGUUCAGGAUGACGCCAUCUUGACGACCACCGCACAGUCAGCAUUCGCACAAAGCUUCCCAAAGCACACGUCGGCAGAAGCAUGGAUGAGGAACAAGAGGCGUAUGCGGAGCACCACGAAGAGGAGGAGGAGGAGGACUCUGACGUAGAUGUAGAAGAUGACGGGAAUGAUGAGCAUGAGAACAACAAUGAAGAGGAGGAAGGGGAGGGGGGCGACGGCAUGCAAGAUCAUGAUGACCAAGAAGAUCACGAGGCCAAUGAGGAGAACGAGGAUGAAGAGUUAGAGGAAGAGGGAGGGGAGGGAGAGGAAGAGGAGGAGCAAGACUUGGUGGUUGGAGAAGGAGAAGACAAUGAUGGAGAGGGAGAAGGGGAGGGAGAGGGGACCAACAUGGAAGCGGAUGGCGAUGAGGGCGAAGAUCACGAAGGAGAGGGUGCGCAAGCGGAGACGGAAGCCGCUGAAACCGCAGAAGCAGCGAAAGAGGGCGGCGAGCACCACAAAGAGGAGGGCAAGAAAUGGGAUGGGGAUGCGGACAAGGACCCCAUGAAGCUGCCCCCGCAUGGGACCGAGGUUUUUGUCGGGGGCAUCCCCCAGGGGACGACCGAGGAUGAAUUGAAAGAGGCGUUCAGCUCAGCGGGAGAAGUGUUUGCGGUCAGGAUAGCGCGGGACCCCCAGGACCAGACUCCGAGGGGUUUUGCGUUCGUUACAUACCGGGAAAGGGAGGCUGCUGCCAAGGCUGUCACAGACUUCCAAAGUUUGGAGAUUAAGGGUAAGUCGGUGAGGGUUAACAACUCGCAGUCGAAGCACCGCCUGUUUGUGGGGGGCAUUCCUAGGGACCUGACAAAAGAGACGCUCCGGGAGCAUUUGGAGGAGGUCACGCUAGGCGCCGAGUCUAUCGACGUCCCUACUAACCCCCAGAACCCGUCCCAGAACCGGGGCUUCCUCUUCAUCGACUUUUACAACCACGCCGCGGCAGAACACUCGCGGAGAAAGAUGAUCCGGCAGGACUUCCGGCUGGGGGGCCGGCAAGUGACCAUCUCGUGGGCCGAGGCCAAGAGCUCCGAAACGUCUGCAAGCGAGCUUGCUCAGGUUAAGGUGCUGUACGUGAAGGGCCUGCCCGAGUCCGCAACCGACGAGAAGCUGCGCGAGCUGUUUGUCAAGUACGGCGAAAUUGAGCGCGCCGUCAUCCCGCCGCCCAAGCCCGGCCAGCCGCCGCGCAACUUCGGGUUCGUGCACUUUGUGGACCGGAAGGCUGCAAUCGCGGCCAUGGAGAAGGACCAGAAGCACGAGAUGGAAGGUAACGAGUUGGAGGUUAGCCUCGCCCGGCCGCCCCCGGAGCGGCAGCCGAGGGCCUCGCAGGGUGCGCAAAUGGCUACCGCUUUUGCGGGUAUAAGCUAUCAGCAGCCGUACGGGGGCUAUGUGGCGCCCGCCAGGGGGGCGAACGCUUAUGGGGCGUACGGGACCGCUUAUAGCGGCGGCAGCAGCAGGAGGGGUGGGCAGACGCAAGUGCAGCCGGCGAUGCCGUUCAUCCAGGCCCCCGCCGGGAUGACUAUGGUCCCUAUGCAGCUUCCGGACGGCCAAGUGGGCUACAUUCUACAACAAGCGGGCGGUGCUGGAGCGGGUACAGGUCCAGUUCGAGGGGGGAGGCAGGCGUCCUCCUCCUACGGGUCAACGUCGGGAUCGGGACAGAGCGGCAGGCGCUUUCAUCCGUACAAUUGAGCAGUGACUUACAAGACUCUCCAUGCGAUUGUUAUGAGUCUUGCUUCUCUAAAGUUGGCUUGCCUGAUGUCCGCGGUUGAUCCGGUGAAGUCAGCGACUCAAAUGAUUGUUCUGCGGUCAGACUACAAGCGUUUGUUGGUGGCUCAUGUGUGGUG